AUGGCACCAACACCCAAGAAGGACAAGUACUCGGUUCUCCUGCCGACAUACAAUGAGCGCCGCAACCUGCCCAUCAUAACUUGGCUGCUGAACAAGACAUUCACUGAGAACAACCUUGACUGGGAACUCAUCAUCGUCGACGACGGCUCACCCGACGGCACUCAAGAAGUCGCUGCGCAACUCCAAAAAGCCUACUCCCCAUCCAGGAUCCAGAUCCGCGCACGCGCCGGCAAACUUGGUCUCGGAACCGCCUACGUCCACGGCCUGCAAUUUGCAACCGGAAACUACGUCAUCAUCAUGGACGCGGACUUCUCGCACCACCCGAAAUUCAUCGCCGAUAUGAUUCGCGUGCAGAAGGAGAAGAACUACGACAUCGUCACGGGCACGCGGUAUGCGGGUAAUGGCGGCGUGUAUGGUUGGGACUUGAAGCGCAAGUUUGUGAGCAGGGGCGCCAAUCUGUUUGCGGAUACGGUGCUUAGGCCGGGCGUGAGUGAUCUCACGGGUAGCUUCAGGCUGUACAAGAAGGAGGUGCUGCAGAAGGUCAUCAAGCAGACGGAGAGCAAGGGCUACACGUUCCAGAUGGAGUUGAUGGUGCGCGCGAAGGCAAUGGGAUGCACAGUUGCAGAAGUACCCAUCUCGUUCGUCGACCGACUCUACGGCGAGAGCAAGCUUGGCGGCGACGAGAUCGUCGAGUACGCGAAGGGCGUGCUUAACCUGUGGUUGAAGGUUUAAGAUACUCCGCAUGGGCUGGCGUUGUAUGGAUCUCAUCACACAUUGGACCAAAGAUGAUGGGAAAAGAUGAAUAUUGAAGCUUCUUUGCACUGGCAUACAAUAACCCCAUUUAACU